AUGGAACCCCUAAUAAGUCUUCUAUCAUCUGAUCCUGAAGAUGACAGCAAUGGUAGCAGGUCUCUAGCUAUCCCCUCUUUCAAUUUCAUCUUACCGAGCCGACCAAAUACUCCCUUACCCCUUGGUGAGACGUCGUAUUUGGGGUCAACAGGCUUACUGGAUGAGUCUGUCAGUCAUGAGCUGGGCCUCAAUGACCCAAUAUGGUCUCUAGACCUGACUAUCGACAACACCGAGCAGCCAGAAGCUGCUGAUGGUUCUCACUUUCCAAUCGAAGCAUCAGGACCUUUGUUGAUGGUACCAGAAAUCGAGUCACUUGAACAACAAUUGAGAGGUGCCAUAUGCCAGCAUGCCCACAAAGAGUCCAAAGGAUUUCUUCCUCUUGACAAAUUGAAUGAAAUAGUCAUCGAAGAUUCUGUAUCCGUUGCACUCAGAGAAUGCAUGCCGAAUUUAUCGCAUGAUGAUGCACAAUUUCAUGCAAAAAUGAUCUGCCCAAGAUCUCAGCGAAAUCACAGGGAACCAUCCUUUCGACGCAUCUUCGCGAUAUUAACAAUAAUUCAGCAACCACAAGAGGUCUUCGCCUUUAUGGAGAAUAACAUCACAGACCUUGACCUGCCUCUUGUCAAGGUUCGCGGGGAACACAAGGGUCGAUAUGAACUGAGACGGAAGUUCCAGCCAAAUAGGCCUUUGGAAGGUCUUGACAAGUGGUCGCCCUUCUUGAUAGACUCGUUUGAAGGGUGUCAGUGGAUGAUGAUGUCGCCUUUUUUCUCGUGGGAAAACAAACGGGCUGUCCGCACAUGUUUCCUCGCAGACCAAACUAUCCUCCCUUUCAUAGAGGACUCUUCUCGUGACGUCGACAUGGAGGAUGAUGAGGAUUUCCAAGGAGGCCACGGAUCCAUCUUCAAAGUCAAGAUCCACCCAGCGCACCACAACUUUCAUCACAUCGCCGAAGCUCAUGACUCUGACUCUGCCUUUGCGGUGAAGCGCCUCCACUCUCGCAGUCGCGAAAUGUUCUCAAGAGAGGUAGAUGCCCUCAAGCGACUAAGUGGCCAGAAGCAUAUAGUUCCACUUCUGGCUACAUUUGAAUACAAGAACAGCUAUCAUCUUCUCUUUCCGUGGGCGAACGCAAACCUGCGGCGAUACUGGGCCAUGUUCCCCAGCCCAUCCAUUGAUCGCCGUUAUGGGCUUUGGGUAGCCAAACAGUGCAAAGGCAUGGCUGAGGGGUUGAGCAUCAUCCAUGAGCCUCCACCCGACCAGAGUGACGACUAUGCCUACGAAGCUGCCUUGCAGCCAAGCCACAGGCAAUCACAGUCGUCACAAUCUUAUGGCAGACAUGGGGAUAUUAAGCCAGAGAACAUCCUUUGGUUCAGGAACGGGCCCAACACUGACAUCGGAGUCUUGGAGAUUGCUGAUUUUGGACUUACGCGCUUCCAUAACAAAAGAUCCCGGUCUAAUAUUUCACCUGUUAGAAUGGGGAAUUCUCCGACCUAUCGCGCUCCAGAAUUUGACAUGCCUGACGGACUCUUGUCGAGAUCAUACGAUAUAUGGGCGUUGGGAUGUGUGUAUCUUGAGUUCCUUACAUGGUACUUCAUGGGUUGGGAAGGCGUCAUGGAAUUCUCCGCGUUGAGAGAAUACAAGCGAAACAACCUCGAGGCUGACGAUGCUUAUUUCGAGCUGACCGGGGCUCCAGAAACAGGCAACAUAUGCAGCAAGGUUAAGCCUGAGGUAGUCCAUUGGGUGGCAUCACUUCAUCAACAUUGGGCUUGUUCGCCAUUUUUCCACGAUUUUCUCGAUCUAAUCAAAGACAGCAUGCUAGUUGUUGAGACAGAUGGUGAAGUUCCGGUCCGCAGAGCCACAGCAGCCGAGGUUAAGCAAAGCCUGGUUCGGUUCUACAAUCGAUCCGGGUCAGAUGCAACAUACCUAUAUGGAGCAAAUCCUCUGAAUCACCCUAUCAAUACCAGGCUCUUCACUGGGUCGGAGGAUGGGUACCCAAUGAGUCGUGAGAAUAAGAAGCAAUCAAGCACUGUUGCUGGCCUAGAAACCGGUAUAAAGUCCAACUCGCCUCCGCGACCGACUUAUAGGAUAUGGGAUCAGACUCCACUUCCAUCAAACAGAAAGGCCAAGACUCAUCAUGUAGGCCGGAGAAGCACCACUGACGGCAGCCGUGAUUCAUUAUCACUUUUUCAGCCAGGAUCUAGGUCAACUUCCUUCAGUGAAACUUCUCAGGCUUUAGCAUCAACUUCUUCCAGUGAUCGAAGCCAUCGCCCCGUAACUGCAACACAGAGGACCCAAGACACAGCAGGCGGCGAUACAAAGGACAGUAACUACCCGUUAGCUUGCCCCUUCUUCAAACGUGAUCCCAGCAAGUAUGGACAGACAUGUUCCAGAGGCUGGGUCCAGUUUCACCGAUUGAAAUGCUCACGCUGUCUGUCAUAUUUUGAUGAUGGUGCUGGUCUUGAAAAACACGUUUGUUCUGUGGAACCUUGCAUAUUGCGGGAAUCCAUAGAAGUUGAGGGCAUAAACGCUGAACAGGAACGCCGCCUCCGCUCAAGAAAGCGAACCAGAACGGAGACCGAGUCAAAUGAAGUAGACCGCGAGGCACAACGAUGGCGCGAGAUGUACAAGAUCAUCUUCCCAGAUGCUGAUGCGCAGACAAUCUCCCCGUGUGAGUAG